AUGGCUGCCGUGCGGUCUCUCGGUCUCCACGAACCUGCGGCUGUCGCCUUCCUUGUCGCCGAAGGUCUUCUUCCCCCCGAUCCAUCCGAAGACCUCUACAAGUGGACCACUGGUGUUGAUGAAGAUUCCAACGGUCCGGUUGAAGAUGAGAUCGUAUGGACCAAGAGUUGCGCAGUUUGGUCGCGAGCCGGGGUGGUGAAGAGAAUAUUCCGCCUAGAUCUUGAGAAGGAAGAUAUUCGACAUGCCUUGCUGGCUAAUUUCUCCGUGGGAAAGAUCAAACGCUCCGAAGCAAGUCUCUCGAACGCAACAAAGGCCGCCGGUCAUGCGCCCAUGAACCAUGUCCUUGCCCGCUCUCGAGACUCCAGCGAAUCUCAUGUUGACACAGGCCACCAACAGCCGAAACAAUCCAACACCAAGCGGAAGAUUGAUCAGCGAGAUGGCAAAGCUGCAAGGCCGAAUGGACUCCAAUCGGGCAAUAUUUCGCGCGCAUUAGUGGUGGUACUCAAGUCCCAGGCUCAUAUCUUCUUCUUAACUGGCAACAGCCAUGUCGUCCCUCUUCCGUUCGAAGUCGACUCGGUCUUUGCCACUCCUCGAGGCUUGCUGUUUCAGCGAAAAGUGCUUGAGGAAGAAGCUACGAGUCCUCUUCCAAUGGCGCCUCCGAAUUCCUUCGUAUCAAACCUGCCCGAUUUCCGAGCGUCACUGACGCUUGAUAUCCCCUCAGGCAGAAAAAGUCGCCCAUCCUUGACAAUCUCACCUGCCCAGAACCAAGGUCUACGUCCACGCAGUACCAAACAAGCGGAGCUGCCCCGCGUCUUCUCGCUCAUGGACCCCCAUUCGGAGAUGGGCCUGGUAGUUACCAAACAAUCGUCCCGAUGGUUACAUACAAGUGUUAACACCCGACCUUCGGGCUUGUAUGUCCUCGACUCUGCCGACGAGAUUGUCUAUGUAUCUCCUAGAGAUGAGCUAUCUGGGCUGAGUCGAAAUUUGGCCAAUGGACCUCUGAUUCUCGUGGUCACUUCCAACAUGAAUACAGGUCUCUAUACUAUCUGGACAGCACGCUAUCGAGAAGAUGAGUUCGCGCCAGCUUCCAAGAAGAAAACGGACAAGAGACGAGACACAGGUGGGACUCGAUCAAAAAGACGGAGCUCCCACUUCGGAAUGACUACUGGGUCAACCACACCUGCUGCCCGCCCGUCAGGUGCGAGAGAAAGUUUUGGUCCCAGGGGUGAUGCGUGGAACACAUCCGGCCUGUCCCUGUCGCAGUACUCCACGGAUGGCAGGCCAGACGAGGACGACCUAGCCUCGAAAUUGGGCCAGGACUUCGGGGAUAUCGGGGUGCCACUCAAGACCUCCCGACGAGUGAGUUCUCUGUUGGCACGAGCGGACCUGGCAUCCAGCCAGGAUAGAAUCACAUUCUCAGAUUUGGCGACAGGAAGUCAAUCGAGCUCCAUGCCUCACGGGAACUUUCGGCAGUCCAUUGGUGCUGGUAGCACUCGGGGGAGUUUCGGGUUCAAUCCGAGGGGCUCCUUGCCACCCGGCAACGGUUCGGUUUACAGUACUACGAGCAGCUUCAUUGAUGCGCCGGUGGAUAGACUUCUGGAAGAACUAAACAAUGAAAGUCUCUUCGAAGGAUUUGAAAACAUGGACCUGAAAGAUUCGGCUUCGGGUCUUCCAGAAGAAGUACUCCUGACCAAGGUUGAGAGCUUUUCUUCCAAGUUCUCAGGCUCCUUCCAUACCCCGCUGAGGUUCAAGUCAUCCUCACGACGACCGAAGAUCGUUACGCUCUCUCCGUCAGAGUUCGGAAAUGCACAGGACGGCAACUCGGCAGCCUUGGCCCUCUGCCUUGUGGAUCAAGAGGCAAAGUCUAUGACUAUUGUCAACCUUCGAGUUGAUCGUGUUGCUAUCCCAAAGAAAGAUGGAGGCAUGUUCACCAAGAAGUCUAAGAAGGGUGCCGCGUCGAAUGAGCGCUCGCUACUUGUCCAAGCUUCAGGCGUGCAGCAUUUCCCAGACGUAUGGGAUGCUUGCAAGGUGACUGAUGGCGGUAUAUCGAGACUCAUGACCGUAAGAACAGGCGAUUAUGGCCAAGGCAUUUUGCAUCUCCAAACUCCGUGGGGUACACCACAGGCGGUCGAAGUGCCGCGUAACCUCAUGUUGCACGAAGCAUACGGAAUCUACUUGAACGUUCCUGGAAGUCGUCGAAGAGAAAGCGGCGUCAGACGCCUAAUGACGGAUUCGUUGAUUGCCAUUGUUGGGCUCGAUCAUCCAGCUGUGCGAGGGAAGUUUGAUGUCAUCGACUCGGCUAAUCGCCGACAUAAACUUCAAAUCAAAAUGGAGCCUAGCAAUGAAAUGGUGAAGAGUGUCUUCAAGAUGUGCCGGUUCGCAUUACCAGAUUCUGAGAAGGCAGGUGAUGGAAUUCUGUCAACGUGGUGGGAGGUAAUGAAAUGGCUCCAUGGGCGAGAUGUCGACGAUGACGAUUUGGAGUGGACAGCUAUGGUUCUAGUCCUGUUCUCAUUGGCGAUUCCUUUUAUUGAAAGCAAGCCGACAAGAAACUCAGUCAGGCCCACGCGACGAAAGAAGGGGCUAUUGCGGUCAAGCAGCGGAACAUACAUUGAUUCGGAGAGUUGGGAGGCGAUGCUCGACCAGGAAUCUGGCUCUACUGGCGUGGUGGCAUCGUGGAUGAACACCAGCUCCUGGGGCUGGGUUGUAGAGCAAGACGCACAGGACAGCGAACUCAGCCAGGGCGCGCCAUCCCCUUCAAGCCAGUCCACCUAUCGUCGGAACACCUACCUCACUCGUUGCAUCGCUCUGGCCAGGGAGUUUCUGCAUAGUCCGCAGGGCGUUUCCGUCAUGGGCUCAGAGGGGUCUUUACCUACAGCGCUGUCGUUUAGCCAAAGCUUGCGAAGUACAGCACUAUGUACGAUUCUAGUGGCGUUGCACCUCCUUCGGGAAGAGCACAAGCUGUCCAUUUGCGAUAGCGAACAAUCGCAUAAAUCUCUGGGCCUCCUUGCUCCUGUCCUAGCCCAGAUCGGUGGCUGGCUUGGAUGGACGUCCUGGACUUGGGCAGAGGACACUUACCUCGGAACCGAAAUGGCCAGUAUGGAUCGUUGGGAAUUCGACGAGACGCGUAUAUCCAAGCUAGAUGUUCCCGACGAACCGUUCGCCCCGCCCUCGAUCUUCUUGCAUCUCGAAAAGGCAUGGAGUGGAACCACCGGGUCUUUCUUCACACUCUUGAACCUUGUCACCGGUUCUGAUCGGUCCCCCAAAAAGGGUCGCCUGUGGCAAGAAUGCUACGCACUCACCCCGCGAACAUUGGCACUAGAUGGUUUCUUAUCAGAAGUACACACCUGCCCGACGCCAAUGGACCGGGUGCAGCUUCUCUAUCGUUGGGGGUUCACAAAGAACAUAAUCGAGACCUUCCCGGAAGGUGUCAGCACUCCCCUAUAUGAAACUAUCUUACGAUCGCAGAUAUACGCCUCGACCUCCUGGGGCUCAGCGCUGCUCCAGCUCGUCGAUCGUGAAGACCUCAGUACCUCCCUAGGUGGAAACAAUUCGGGACCACCGCCUGCGCCCGCGCCGCUGCAGCCUGCAAUGUCGCAUGAAGCAGUACGCGACGUUCAUCACAUUGGUGUUUCGGCUCUGGACAUCGAUGCAACCAAUUCUUUCGAGAUAUCUGCAGAGGCAGAUCGGCUGUCCGUGACAAGGUUGAUCUUCCGCGAAGAUAAGCGUUUCACUGAAGCGACACGGCUGCUAAACCAGUCCAAGGCCCCAGUGGCUGAAUGUGUACCCGAGCCAGAGUGGACUGAUUCGGAUUUGUUGGAGGCGCAGAAAGAAGUGGUGCAAUUAGUGACCCUGCGUACGCUUUCUAUCCCAACCGGGCGCGCUAUGUUGGCCUUCAGCGGUCGCUUGCCCCUCUUGACCGAGAAACUUCCCAUUCCUUCCUUUUCGCUGCAAUGUGUGAUGAAACCAUCGAAUGUAACGAUUAGCGCAGACCGAGCCUCCUUCAGUGAGGAAAAGGUGUGUUGGGCCUUCUUCCAUAACGGAGUGUCGACGGGCCUGGCUAUCUCGAGAAAUUCCAAGGGCAUUGACACCUCUUGGAUCCUCUUCAACAAGCCACAGGAGCUUACCAACCGACAUGCCGGCUUCCUUCUGGCGCUGGGCCUCAAUGGCCAUCUUAAGUCGCUGGCUAAGUGGGUAGCUUUUAAGUAUUUGACCCCCAAACAUACGAUGACAUCGAUUGGCUUGCUGCUUGGUCUUUCGGCCUCUUACCUGGGAACAAUGGAUACCCUUAUUACCCGCCUUCUUUCCGUUCAUGUUACACGGAUGCUGCCAACGGGUGCAGCUGAGCUCAACCUAUCGCCACUGACCCAAACGGCCGGGAUCAUGGGGAUUGGUCUGCUGUAUUGCGGCUCACAGCACCGACGUAUGAGCGAAGUCAUGUUGUCCGAAAUUGAGAACGUCGAGCAGGAGGAAGGUAGCCCAGCUCACGAUGAUCUGCGGGACGAAGGGUACCGUCUUGCAGCCGGGUUGGCACUGGGCUUCAUCAACCUCGGCAAAGGAAAAGACCUUCGUGGUAUGCGCGACAUGCACAUUGUGGAGCGACUGCUAGCUGUGGCUGUGGGCACCAAGAACGUGGACCUUGCGCACGUAUUAGAUCGAGCCACAGCUGGUGCGACAAUUGCGUUAGCAAUAAUCUUCAUGAAGACCAAUGACGAAAUUCUGGCGCAGAAGAUCGACAUCCCAGAUACAACGGUGAGAUUUGACUACGUCCGCGCAGAUAUUUUUCUUCUGCGCACCCUUGCACGUCACUUGAUCAUGUGGGAUCGUAUCCGGCCCACCGAUGAGUGGUUUGUGCAAAGUCUGCCACCGGUCUAUCGACGACGGUAUCGCCUGAGGAGCGUGCGCCGACUAAAGAGCGAUGACAUGCCGUUCUUCAAUAUUGUUGCGGGGUUGUGUUUCACACUCGGUCUGCGCUAUGCGGGCUCAGCUCAGCCGGCAGUCCGCGAUCUUCUACUCGCCUAUCUUGACCAAUUCAUCCGCAUCUGCCGUCUGCCCGCGAUCAACUACGACGCCAAGCUGACGCGCAAUUCCGUGCGACACUGUCAGGAUGUCGUGGCCCUAUCAGCCGCCGCCGUCAUGGCCGGCACUGGCGACCUGGCCCUCUUUCGCCGGCUGCGGUCUUUACAUGGACGCGUGGAUUCGGACACGCCGUACGGCAGCCAUAUGGCCUCACACAUGGCACUAGGGCUGUUGUUCCUGGGCGGUGGCAGUUACACUCUGGGUACAUCGGACCUGGCCAUUGCAUCCCUGCUAUGCUCUCUCUACCCCAUCUUCCCCACUACUGUACUCGACAACAAAUGCCAUCUACAGGCGUUCCGCCAUCUGUGGGUGCUGGCUGCCGAACCACGCUGCCUGGUGCCUCGCGAUCUCGAUUCUCGCCGGCCGAUCUCCCUCCCUAUAACCUGGACCACUGCUCAAGGCAUCUGUCGUACCGUCACGGCACCCUGCCUCCUUCCCGACCUGAGCGGACUGACACGCGUGGAGAUUCGCCACGCUGACUACUGGCCAUUAGUCCUGGACUUUGCCGCUCAACCUGAUCUGCGUAACAAGCUUCGCCAAGGCGACCAAUCGGUCUACCUUCGCCGCAAGCCUAUGUACAACUCCACAGGCGCGUCGUCAGCCUUCGUGUCGACUCUCUCUGGUCUCAGCGACGCACAGGAUAUCCUCCCGUCUUCAAGAAUCGCCACACAAUCAGGCAAGGGCCUGUUGGCCCCGGCUCAAGUCACCCCUCUGAGCGGGCCACGAAUCCCCAGUGCAACCGCUCACAACCUCUGGGAAUGGAUCUUUGCUUUGGAUUCUCUGCAGGAUCUGGGCGUCCGCGAGAAAGCUCUCAUCCUGCCCCAGUCUUCCUCGGCCGGCUGGCGCCGUCGUUCCGGAAUCCCGACGGCGGAGCUGACGGCCGUGCCCUGGCUUCGCCCCUCUGCUGUAGAUAUCCAACUUGUCUUGGAGCGGACGGUGCAUGGUAUCGUUCAGGCAGCCAGAGGUCGGGCCGCUGAUGCGGACGAGGUUCGCGACCGGCUCUGGCAGUUACGGUUGUUAUUCAGCUGGCUGGACUCGCGGGCUGAUGACGGCCUGGACAAGGAAGGCAAGGGUGGUUCCUCUGACGGCUUGUGGCUGCGCAGGGAUUAUAUCGAGGAGACCAGGUGGAAGAUCUGGGGGGUACAGAUCGGAGAUUCGGAGUGA